CUGACUGAAGAGUGAGACCUGAAUUCGGAUUGUUGUUGGUGUCGAAGUCCCUAUCUCGCAGCUCGCGCUCGAGUUGUUCAUAUCCACGAGUAGAAAGCCAACGUAAAUCUUCGAUUAAUAAGCGUCCCAUGAACUGCACAUUGCCAGCAAAACCAUCCACAAAUUCUGUCUCGUCCAAACUGUCCAAGUUAGACUGAGCUUAGAAAUUUAAGCUUGAGAUGAUAGAUUGCCACAGACCCAGUUCCUUGCCGUCCGGGCAGAAACAUCCUAACCGACGAUAGAGACAGAGUUAAAUUUCUCUUUCUGAGAAAAGGAAUAUCCAAUGAAGUUUCUGGUAAUGGGCCAAAGGGCUGGGCCAGUAGCUCGCGUAGACUGAGUGGCAUGUUGGCUGCGAGAUAGAGAGAAGCGCUGCAGCCGGAUUAGGCAACACUUUCCUUCAUCCCGCCAUCAUGCUUGGCCGUCGACUGCUCCGAGGCAACCAGUCUUCCUCUCUCUCGACCAUUGCAAAAGCUCUGGCCCGGUCGAACUCGACUGCUGUUACCCCAGCUCCUGUGGCAACCUCCAACCCUCUUGCUGCCCAAGCUCCCAACUACCCAACGACAUGGUCAGCCAACCAGCGGCCACGCCCACUCGGACAAUCAAACCCUCGCUUCGAGCAGACUGCUAUGGAGACCCAACCAGCUCCAUUGAGUGCCAUGCAGCUCAUUGCCGAAGAGCCCAUACGCCUGGUGGACGGCAGGAAGGCCGUCUGCGAUGGAGGUGACGGACCAUUAGGACAUCCGAAGAUAUAUAUCAAUUUGGACCAACCCGGCCCUCGUUCAUGCGGAUACUGCGGUCUGCGUUUCCAGCAAAAUCACCAUGCACAUUGAUAGAAUGUUGAGAAGGACCCUGCCGAGUAACAUACGGUGUCUUGUACAUGGCGGUAAUGAAUUAA